ACUAAUGGAAUUUAACAGCAUCUUUACUACAGUCCCUAUAAUAUUACAGUUUGUACUUUUUGGCAGUAUUGGGUACAUGUUAAAACUGUUUGUUUCUGAUUAGUGACAUUUAUAAUUUUUUCAUGUACUUUAAAGUUCAGUAUGCUAAUAUCAGCCUACCAUGUGGAGAUUCAAAAGCAGCUCUUGGAAUUAUCAUAGCUGUUCCUGGCUUCUGGCUAAUUAUCACUCUUCUUGUUUUCAUGGUCUUCUUCAUCUGUCGAUGGUGUAAUGCCAGUUUAAAGAAAAAGAAAAAAUUAUCCCCCUUAAAAUGGGCAUUAUCUAUUUUUGCCUUGCUUUGUUGUAGUGCUUUAUCUCUUGGGUUAUUUGGAAAUGAAGAAACCCAUAAUGGCAUGAAGAGUGCCAAGAUGGCUACAGAAAACAUGGAGAAGAUAGUCAUAUCUGUUUGCAAAGAG